CGCAGACAAGCCGCACUUGGAGGUAGGUCGGGUUGGCUGGUUUCCAGUAUCAGCGUUGGUGAUCCUACUUAGGUCAGAUAUAAGUACAUUGCAUCGCGCUUCUCUGCUGUGUUAUGACGCAGUGCAGCAGCGACGAAUCCGGCGAUUUUCAAUCAGGAAAAUGGUGCAAUAUCUUACCGCGAAUAUGGAAACGACGAAGCAUCUCCACCAAUCGAGCCGUACUAACAAAGUUUUGUAACUGCCCUGAUAUCUGCUUUGGUUUUCCAACUUGGCUGUUCUACAUCAUGCAUAUGUUAGAAAGGAGACAAAAUAUUAUUGCCGCCAUCGGCGUUUGACACUUUGGCGCGAUUGCAAGUCGAUUAUCCCAUGCUUUUCAAGUUGUCAUCCAGUGUCGAUGACAAAAUCACUCAUAGUGGUGUGCUAGAAUUUACUGCCGAAGAAGGAACCUGUUACAUUCCGUUUUGGAUGAUGCAGAAUUUGCUGAUCGAAGAGGGUUCGGUCAUUACAGUUACCAACGUUAGUUUGCCGAAGGCGACGUUUGUCAAGUUGCAGCCACAAUCGGUCGACUUUUUGGAGAUUUCGAAUCCUCGUGCCGUUCUCGAGCACGCACUGAGGAAUUUCAGUUGCGUCACAAAGGGCGAUAUCAUUCAGCUUCCAUACAACAAUAAAAAUUAUCAUUUCGAAUUGAAGGAAGUAGAACCGCAGGAUGCUGCUUGUAUCAUCGAAACUGAUUGCAAUGUAGACUUCGACGCACCCGUUGGGUAUAAGGAACCAGAUUACAGUGGAGCCGCCGCUGCUUCGACUAACGUUCCCUCGUCAGAUCCCACAACAAUGUCGACAACUUCUUCCGCAACCAAUGCCGAUUCAGCAGAGACCGCCGCAGAUGCCGAGGAUACGGAACCAAAGGGAACGCGCAUCGUCAAUGGGGAGAUCGUUCGACCGGAAGACGACGGACAACCAGAAGGUCCAUCCACGGCCAUGCUGGCGGAGCGCACUGGACGUACGGGGGUUCAGAAAAAUUCGGCUAUCCCGCAGGUUGCACCGAAGGUUGAUUACUGGGCCGUCAAUGCCGGAGACGGAGCCCGGUUAGACGGAAAGUCGCCGUCCAGUCUGAAAGACAAAGACGGCAACGAAAUGGACAUUCGCAAGCUGCGGGCUGAGGCAGCCGCAAGACGUGCCGAGGCAUUGGCGGCGUCUACCUCGGCAGGAGCUAAAAAGAUGAUGGCAUCCAGUGGAAAGAAUCUUCUGGGAGAAGAAAUAGCCCCCGAUGCCGGAGCCGUUCAAAGUGCUCUGGCGACGGCCGCCCCCGCAUCGAAACGCAAAACAAAGGUUGGAUCGAAAUAUUCUCGUUUAAAGAAAAACACUGCGUUCAAGGGCUCGGCGAAUACGUUCUAAUCGUUCUAGUUGCUCUAAUUGAAACAAAACUACUAGAAACACUCAACUGGAGCCAACACGCAUCAAAUAUCGAAUGGUGUGAGAGAAAAAUGGAAAGAGCUUCAAUCAUGAAAUCAUGAAAAUGAACAAUGACGAUAGAGUGCCAAAGUAUUUGCCUUUGGUUCGAAAUAAGCGAUUAUCUGUAGC